AUUGUGGCCACCGAACAAUGGAUUUCUUUUGUUAUUGUAUGGGCGCCAAACAAUUGAAGAUUUGCUGAGGGAAAUUGAUUGGAUUACCCAAUCCGUAUAAAGCUCGGGGCGUGCGCCUGGCUUGUUUUCUCUUAACCGUCAUCUAAGGUACGUCCCCGCACCGCCAGUCGUGCGCCCUCCUGGCUUACUGACUCCUCCUCAGGUCAAAAGCAUAUUCAAAAAAUCUUAUUCCCUAAAAAACCUACAAAAAGCAGUUACCUUGUAGCCUCCUGUGUGCGUAUCUGCCUCAUUGUCAACGCGUACCAAAUUUCUAAUCACCCGCCAGCAGUCGCAGAAAAGUCCACAAAGCAGUAACGACCCCCACUUAACCCCAAUAGAAAAAAUGUCUGCCUCCGCUGUCGUUCAGCCUCAGGAUGCUAUUCCUCAGGAGUCCGUUCCCCAGGUCGCCCCUUCUGCACCUGCACCGGCUCCCGUUCCUGUCUACAACCCCCCUCCUCCCCAGGUCUCCACCGCUCCUUCCGCUUCUCUCUAUGUCGGGGAGCUCGAUCCCACCGUCACUGAAGCCAUGCUUUUCGAGAUAUUUAACAUGAUUGGACCGGUCGCGAGCAUCCGUGUUUGCCGCGACGCUGUCACCCGUCGUUCUCUCGGCUAUGCCUAUGUUAACUAUCUUAAUGCCACUGAUGGUGAGCGUGCUCUGGAGCAGCUCAACUACUCCCUUAUCAAGGGACGUGCGUGUCGUAUCAUGUGGUCCCAGCGUGAUCCUGCCCUUCGCAAGACUGGCCAGGGCAACAUUUUUAUCAAGAACCUCGAUGAGGCUAUUGACAACAAGGCUUUGCACGAUACUUUCGCCGCGUUCGGUAAUGUCUUAUCUUGCAAAGUUGCCACCGAUGAGCAUGGCCGUUCCAAGGGCUAUGGCUUCGUUCACUACGAAACGGCUGAGGCUGCUGAGACUGCUAUCAAGGCUGUCAACGGCAUGCUUCUCAACGACAAGAAAGUCUACGUCGGUCACCACAUUUCUCGCAAGGAGCGUCAAUCAAAGAUGGAGGAGAUGAAGGCUCAAUUCACCAACAUCUACGUCAAGAACUUGGACCCUGAGGUUACUCAGGAUGAGUUUUUGGAACUCUUCACGCAGUUCGGCCCCGUCACCUCUGCUGUCGUCCAAGUUGACGACGAGGGGAAGAGCAAGGGCUUUGGUUUCGUCAACUUCGAACAUCACGAAGGAGCCCAAAAGGCUGUUGAUACCCUCCAUGACUCGGAGCUCAAGGGCAGGAAGUUGUUUGUAACACGAGCUCAGAAGAAGGCUGAGCGUGAGGAGGAGUUGCGCAGGUCGUACGAGCAGGCUAAGCUUGAGAAGCUUAGCAAGUACCAAGGCACCAACUUGUACAUCAAGAACCUCGAGGAUGACAUCGAUGACGAACGUCUCCGCGCCGAAUUCGAACCUUUCGGUACCAUCACUAGCGUAAAGGUCAUGCGUGACGAGAAGGGUGCUUCCAAGGGCUUCGGUUUCGUCUGCUUCUCUUCCCCCGACGAAGCAACCAAGGCCGUUGCGGAUAUGAACAACAAAAUGAUCGGCACCAAGCCCCUCUACGUCUCCCUCGCUCAGCGUCGCGAAGUCCGUCGCCAGCAGCUCGAGAGCCAAAUCGCUCAGCGCAACCAGAUCCGGAUGCAGCAAGCUGCCGCCGCCGGUAUGCCUGGUGGUUAUCCCUACAUGUACCCUCCUGGACCCGGUUACGCCCCUCAGGGUGGUCGUGGCAUGAUGGGCUAUGGUCAGCCUGGAAUGAUUCCUCCUCGUCCUCGCUACGCUCCCAGCGGCCAGGUUCCCGGUAUGCCUAUGCCUCCUUAUGGCCAAGCUCCUCCUCAGGCCUACGGUGGUAUGCCCGGCUACCCUCGCGGUGGUCCCCCUCGCCCUCACCAGGGUGGCCGUGCACCUCCUCCCGCUGAGCUCAGUGCUGCACCCAACGGCGCCGUCCCUCGUCCCCAGGGAGCCGGCCCCACUCGUGGAGGUGCUCCUACCGCAGGCCGUGGACAACAGUAUAAGCUCAACCCACAAACACGUAACGUCGCUCCCGCCGGUCAGGCUCCCGCUGCCGUGCCUGCACCUGCCACUCCAGUUGCUGGUGCCCCAGUUGGUGAGGUUGCUGCCAUCUCUGCUGCUGCUCUCGCUAGCGCUUCUCCCAUGGAGCAAAAGCAGAUGCUUGGUGAGGUGCUCUACAUGAAGAUCGCGCCAGCUGAGCCUGAACUCGCUGGCAAGAUUACCGGCAUGCUGCUCGAGAUGGACAACGCCGAGCUCCUCCACCUCCUCGAGACUCCUGACUCACUGGCCAUCAAGGUCAACGAGGCUCUCGCCGUCUUGCAUGACUUCCAGGACAAGGCCGGCCCUGAGGCUUAGCGGAGAGGCUUCAUCAUUCAUUGCGUUUUCGAUGAGUUGUUUCGUUAUCAAUUGUGUAUCACAAGCUGUAUUCUUUGAUCUCGCCACCCCAGUGUUCUGGCUUUCGUUCGUUAUCCCCCUCCCCGUGUAUUGAUGAUGUGACCUUUCCUCUGUCGUACUACUGCUCUGCUUGCUGUAUUUUUUGUACAGAACCUGCAUUCGGGGUUUCGUGGUUGUCGUUCCUUUGUAUGUACUUUUCUCAGGAACAGGAAAGGUGUUGCUGCUAUGUUUCUGUGUGACUGUGUGAAACGCAAACUUGCAUUACUCAAGUAGUCAUGCUUCAAAGCCU